UGCAGGCAGAGAUGCGCGAUGUUCAGUAACGCGAGCUCGGGCGCGUGGGAGGAUGGCCACACCCACACGCACGCGUCGCACGCGCAGCUCGCACCGCUCCUAGCGUUGUACGUGCUCGUCAGUCUGCUAGGAGUCAUCGGUAAUAUAAGUCUAAUGGCGGCGCUGGCGUCCGGCGGCGCGGCGCGCCUGCGCACGCCGCAGCUGCUCAGCGCAUGCGCGGCAGACCUGCUCGUAUGCGCAGCUUCAGCCCCGCUCGCCGCCACGCGCGCCGCCGAGCUACACUCGGAGACGUGCCACGUAGGAUACUACGUCGAGUGUUUCCCCGUGGCCGCCAGCACUUUGAGCCUGGUGGCGAUGGCAGCGGAGCGCUGCGGGGCAGUGCGGCGGGGCCGUGGGGCCUCCGCGCGUUCACGGCCCUAUUUGGCAGUGUCUGCCGUGUGGCUCAGCGCACUGCUGCUCAGUAUGGCGGCCGUGACGGCGAGCUGCGUGUCAUGGCGGCCGCUGGCCGCGGCGCACGCGCUGGUCACCUACUGCUUUCCCGUGCUGGCCGUGGCGCGGUGCCACUGGGCCGUGCGCGUCAAGCUGACGGCUCUGUCCCUCACCGCCCGCGCCGCGCACGGCGAGCUCCCCCUGCCGGUGCCGCUCAUGCGCCGCCCCACGCACGUCAUCAUCGUCGCCGGCGUCGGCCCGCGCGAGCGCCGCGACGCCGUCGACGUCGGCGACGUGCGCUCCAAGAGACUCCAGCCGAGUCUGCUCGGUCCUCAACCGUUGACGUCGACGUUACACGCGCGCCGGCGGCUGGGUAACGUCCUCGUCGCUAUUGCGGCGAUUUUCGCGGCAUGCUGGUGCCCGCAUGCGGCUAUAGUCGUUUGCGGGGCGUUCGGGCUUCAAGCGCCGCCGCUUCUGCAACAGUACGCGCUGCUUUUCGGGCAUGCGCAUUCGGCUCUUAAUGCGGCAGCUUAUUGGGUGUUGAAUAGACACGCGUUGACGUCGGCGUGCGCGGCGUGGCGCCUGCCGCAGCUGCGGGUGCGGGAGGAGCGGCCGUCGUCGACCAACGAGGCGGCGCUGGGAGCCUUCCACCCGCGCCUCGCGCGCCCGGCGCCCUCGCCGCGCCCGCCGCCCUCCAGCUACCUGUACUAGGUCGGUGCCGAUGCCGGCGCGACUACACUUUGUUAAUGGAUAGAUAAGUGUCUAUGAGUGGUUAAUGUGUGUUGUUAGCGCUGCUGCGCUUACGCCGAGGCACGAUCCUCGAUAUGACCUACGUAUCAUAUAAAAUAUGUCACCGACCACA